AUGUCCCUCGCAGAAAUCGACCUUCCCGUCACAACAGGCGAAAUCUGCUUCGCCAAACCAGGGUCCUGGCCGGCAAACGAGCGGCCAUACACGCUCCUCUAUGAACCAGCCACAGACGAGAAGCUGAGCAACUUCAAAACAAGCGACAUCCAGCCCGUGCCCAUCCGCGAUAUGAGGCCGAAGAAGGACUCACUCUCCAUCCACAAGGAGGGAUUCAUCUUCGCCGACUUCAAGAGCAAGAUGGCCUAUGAGGACUACCUGGAUGAAGACAAGCUCAAGACUGUUCUUGCCGGGGAAGUCAGGGAGCUUUUGCUUGAGAGGCUGGGGGCGAAGGCGGCUUUUAUUCAUGAAUGUGUUUUCCGCCGCCGGGGCACGGUGAAUGCUGGCAAUGGGUUUGGACAACCUGUUCAGGAGGCGCACUCAGACUACACUCUGAACUACGCACACAAGCUCAUAACGGAGCUCGCAAAGUCCGACGCGGACCUUAUCAGGUCCAGAAAAUUCCAGAUGAUCAACGUCUGGAAACCCCUCCGCGCACCCCUCCGAGAUUGGCCCCUCGCCCUCUGCGAUUACUCCACACUAGACCGGUCCGAUCUCGUGCAGAUAGACGAGGUGCACGUCGAGGGGGUCCUGGAGUCCCACAGUGUCCAGUAUAAUCCGUCACAGAGGUGGUAUUAUCUCAGUGAGCAGACGGUGGAGGAGGUGUUGAUCUUUUGCUCGGCGGAUUCGGAAACGGGGGGCGAGGUUCCCCAUGCGGCGUUUUGCGAUCCCCGGUAUCCGGACGAGGAACCUCGUGAGAGCGUUGAGCUGAGGGUUCUUGUUGUUUAUUAG